AUGACAUCCAACAACAUCCGCCAGCCUGGCAUAUUUGGACAAAUGUGUUGGGAUACCUAUACGAUAGGAGUGCUCGGGUUUCGCACAGCAACCGAUUCUACACCGGCGGUAAUCACAAAAGCCCUCGACCGAGCGGCGCUCAAGCUCCUCGAAGCAUAUCCAUUUCUCACAGGCCAAGUGAUCAACGAGGGACGAUCAAGCACAAGCUCAGGAACUUACAAGAUAGUCCCAUAUGCUCCACAUUCGGCAGGCAGAUCACCUGUUCGACCAAAAGAUUGUACUCAGCUAUGUCCGUCAUAUGAUGAGAUCCUUCAAGCUCACGCGCCUUUCUCAAUGCUCGAUGGCAGUGUGAUUUGCCCAAUGAGAGGAAUGGGCUAUGUAUAUGACCAGACCGUGGAGCUGCCGGUGUUCAUCAUCCAGGCAAACUUCAUUCGUGGUGGAUUGUUACUCUGCUUCGCAUCGAUGCAUAACGCACUCGAUAUGAAUGGGCAGGGUGUGCUGAUCAGGCAGUUUGCAGCUGCCAUGAGAGGCGAGGAUUUUGAUCCCCAGCUGGUAGCAGCAGGAAAUCAGGACGCCGACAGUAUCGUGCCGAUGCUGAAGGACGGGGAAAAAGGACUUAGCCAUGAGGAGAUGCGAGCACCUUCCAGUCAGAUUCCAGCCGCCAGUCCUGUCCCUGCGCCGCCUCCCCAGGAACAACCAACCCAGGCAGCCUCUUGGGCAUAUUGGCGCUUUCCUCAGGACAAAGUCGCCGAACUCAAGAAGCUUGCCAUGUCGUGCUCGACGAAGCAGGUCUCUACCAACGACGCCAUCACUGCCUUGUACACCCAGCGCCUCACCGCCGUACGCGUUGCUGGUGGCAGAGUUUCGCCAGACGAAUCAAUCCGCUGUCUCAGGGCGGCUGAUGCAAGGGCAAGACUGGACCCCCCCGUACCAGAGGGAUACCUGGGUCAUCUGGUAGGACUCGCAUAUACAGAGUGGCCCGCCGCCCGUACGGUCGUCGAGUCGCCACUCUCCACGGUCGCAAGCGAUCUCCGCCAGUCUCUCCAAAAAGUCGACGACCAUUACAUUCGCAGCCUGGCAACCCUGAUAUCCCGCACCGAGGACAAAAGAGCAAUCUUCUAUGGUGCUCGGAAGCAGCUGGCCAAGGACAUCUUCAUCUCUUCGUGGGCACAGAUGGAUCUCGCUCAGACCUGUGACUUUGGGCGGCUUUUGGGCGGGAAGCCUGAUUUUGUGCGCCGUGCAAAGUUGGACGAACUGCCUGAUCUGUCAUACAUCAUGCCAAAGGAUAAGCAGGGCGACAUGGCUCUGGGAGCAUGUUUGUUCAAGGCGGACAUGGACAGCUUGGAGAAGGAUGAGGUGUGGAAUCAGUACACGCGAUAUGUGGGAUGA